AUGACGUUGAAUCCCGGCAUCAUUUGCCCCAAUCUCGACUCCAACAACGAGUACUGCGUAGUCGGCGACGUCACUGACGAUCCAAUUGCAACUACGACUUCCGCGUCUACCACAGCGUCUUCAACGACCACGCCGGCAACGACCUCCACUAUCCCUUCCACAACUGUCACUUCUUCCCCGAGCACGAGUGCUCCUAUCACAACCACUUGGGUCAGUAGCACCACUACGGCUGGCAAUGGUGUUGCCACUCCCAUGCCGACGCAACCUGGAAUGGUCACCAACUGCAACAAGUUUCACUAUGUAGCGCCGGGCGUGGUCUGCGGUCAGAUUUUGAGCUACCAGAAGAUUAGUCUUGCUGAUUUUGCGAGAUGGAAUCCCACCGUCAACGAUGACUGCUCCGGCUUGUGGGCUGACGUCAACGUUUGUGUCGGUGUUAUCGGCGGAACCCCUCCUACUACCACCACUGUCAAGCCGUCUACCACAACAUCCGUGGGAAACGGCAUUCAGACACCCCAGCCGACCCAACCUGGCAUGGUCACCAACUGCAACAAGUUUCACUACGUGGCAUCAGGGGUGACGUGCGGCCAGAUCACAAGUUACCAAAAGAUCAGUCUUGCUGACUUUGUGAGAUGGAACCCUACCGUUGGCAGUGACUGCCGUGCCAUGCAAGCCGGUGUGAAUGUCUGCGUAGGUGUCAUCGGCGGUACACCCGCCACUACCACUACCCAGAAACCCACCACUACGACCUCUGCUGGUAACGGCAUCCAGACCCCUCAACCCACCCAGCCCGGCAUGGUCACGAACUGUAAAAAGUUCCACUACGUUGCUAAGGGGGUCACUUGCCAGCAGAUUAUCAGCUACCAGAAGAUCACCUUGGCCAACUUCGUCAAGUGGAAUACUGGUGUGGGAUCGAACUGUCAAAGCAUGUGGGCAGAGACCAACGUAUGCGUUGGUGUGUGA